CCAUGAUCUCUAUUCGAAGGGGAAAUACAAAUUUAUUUUGAAAUAUAUACAAUUUGAGUAUUUCUUGCGAAUUCUUGAUUAACGGAUCGUAUAGAAAAUUUAUUAAGAAUUUCUGUGUAAAUUUGUGUUUUAUCCCUGGUUUUGUCAUUAUAAUAACUGUGUGGUUGCUAUAGAAAUAAAAAGUUAGUUAUUCGAUAUUUUGUGAAUUGUCUGUUUUGCAUAUUUUGCGGCAUUUGAGGUUUUUGUUUUGUGUCCAUUAAAUGUAUAAUUUAAAAAUAUAAAAUAUUUGGUUCAUUUACUAAAAAUGCUACAUCGCACAGUAUUUGAAGUACAAAAUGACUUGGCACGAAGCUGUGGUCAUGGUAUGGAAAUUGUUUGGGAUUCCCUAUCUGGGGAUCAAGCGGAAAUUUUAAAGGAGAAAAUCAAAAACAUUUUACCUGAUGAUGAUCAACGUCAAAAUGAAAUAGAAAAGGCGCGAAAUAAUAUGUUCCAAAAUGUUUGGGCGCAACGAAAGCAUACUAAUCGUGUCCUGCUCUCAUCUAUUAUUUAUGUAAUGGUUACCGAAGAGAAGGAUUAUGAAGCCGCUAAACAGUCGACCAACUUCUCCUUUCAUCCGGUCAUACGCACUCGCAAAUGCUUAUCCUUAAAUAACAGUUCUGGUUGCUGCAUGAUAUUUAUUGAUGAGCACUCUCGCAUUUAUCAGAAUUGGCAGCAGUAUUUGAAAAACAAUAUACUUCCUAGUGGUACUAUGAUAGCUCCAGCAAAUGGAAUUUAUACAUUAAACGAAAAUGAUGAGAUCGAUUUAGAAAUUUGCGCAACACCUAAUUCGAAUUCUAGGAAAAAAAUUGAGACUGCAAUAGGUGUGGGUGGUAUAAUCUCAGGAACGGCCCCACUUGCUCUUUCAAUGGUCAUGCCAAUUGCGGCACCUGUCAUGUUAACAGCAACAGUAGUGUCUUUAGCAACAAGCGCUUACACUGCUUUGCGAUCUGCAACAUUUUUGACAGAUCGCUAUAAGCACGGUCAGACCACAUCGCUAACCGAUCGGGAGGCUAGAAGUAAAUGGCUAGGAGUAGCUGGAGGCGUCGCAGGCUUGGGAGCAUCUGGUGCUAUGAAUGCUCUCGCUUAUGCCAAUUCAGCUGGCAAAGGUGUUCCUUUGAUGGCAAAAGUUGCAGUAGGCGGCGUAAAUGUAACAUCGCUUGUACUGUCUGGCUCUGACAUUGUAAAUACCGUUUAUGAUUUGUAUUUGCAGAGCUAUGACGAGGGACCAAGCAGUUUAGAUAUUUUACAGUUGGCAUCUUCCUUGUUGGUUUUUACACAUUCAAUUAAUAAUUUGGCACUUGUUACAAAAAUUCCAACUCGAGGCGGCAGUGCAUCGCUUCGGAGGGCAAUUCGAAAACAGACCAGAAAUUCGUACGAUAAAAUUUCGAGUGAAUGUAUGAGAAUGGGUAAAAACUUUACCAAGAUGGAUCUUAUUCGGGUUGUAAACAAUAUUCCAUCUAAAGAGGCUUUUAUACAACAAGUCGGAACGUUAUUAGCUCAAGCUACCGCUGGCACGGUCGUUGGUAAUGCUGUUAGCGAGCUACCACAUUUAAUUAACUAUACUUUGGACGGUGAAUUAAAUCCCAUACAACUCCUGGCGGCAGCUGGGUUCAAAUUUGUGCGCAACAUAUUAGAUUCAAAUAGUUUUAUUGAUCUAUUAAAUACGAUGGCGAAUUUUAUGUGUGAGAAAAGCUUUUACUUGUUGAUGAAUUUAACGAGAACUUUUAUGGACGAAUUCGGUGAUACCAUUAAUGAUGUCCUUCGCACAUUAAUACCUACAGAGAAGGUGCUAUACGAGUUAUUUAUGUUGUGCGUCAGAAAAUAUUCUAAUCUUACAUAUGACUUCCUCGAAAAUAAGCAAACUGAGAUACUCGAUGAACUUGAAAGAUACUUUUAUUCUUUGAAUCCAAUUGAUGACAGUAAUAAAUCCAUAAGUUGCAAAAUUUGUAAGGGCUAUUAUUAUGAAUGUGCUCUAUAAAUGAUUUUUUUUUAUUGUAUUGUCUACGAAUAUUGUUUUUAAAAAAUAAAAAAAUGAAAUGUUUUAUAAUAAAUACUAAUAAAAUAUUUGUUUAAUGAAAAA